GAGAGCCUAGUAUUCCAACGUUUUCUACUUUUAGGACUCAAAUUUGAAUGUGAAUGAAUUCAAGUCCACGAAAUCCCAAAGAAUAUGAGUUCUGGCACUUUGAGUGUUCCACAAAAUGAGAAUCAAAGCCUUUUCAAUCCCAAAACCAAUACCCAAUACCUUGAUUCUUCAUUGCUGCUUCUCCAGGCUUGAAGAUUGUAGUAAAGUUUCAACCUUUAAUUGUUUUUGACAUUCAGUUCAAUUACAAUGGCGGCGUCCUUAUUACUUCGCCGCAGAGUUUCAUCUGCCGGUGUUUCUCGCACUCUCCAAGGUCUAGCAGGUAGUGUGGAGUCCUUUUCUCUGCUGCACUUAGAAUUGAAGGUUGGAGUUGUGAGUUCCUCUGACAAAACAAGGCUAUACAGCACCUUCAGUGGCACCUCCAGCUUUGAUUUUUUUUUAGACCUGACUUCUCCUCAUACAUGGUAUCCAAAAGCUCGAAGUAAGCCUCGCAAAGUUAUCUUGCACAUGGGUCACACAAAUAGUGGUAAAACGCACAAUGCUUUAAAGAGACUCGAAUCAAGUCCAUCUGGCAUAUACUGUGGUCCUCUGAGAUUGUUGGCCUGGGAGGUUGCAAAACGGCUGAACAAGGCAAAAGUGCCAUGUGAUUUACUUACAGGACAAGAGAGAGAGGAAGUCGAUGGUGCUAAACACAAGGCUGUGACUGUUGAGAUGGCUGAUGUAACCUCCAACAACCAUUGUGCCGUUAUUGAUGAAAUUCAGAUGCUGGGUUGUAGGAGCAGAGGAUUUUCCUUCACACGUACUCUAUUAGGAAUAUCUGCUGAUGAACUUCACCUUUGUGGAGAUCCAGCUGCCAUUUCACUUAUUAGAGGAGUCAUGUAA